GUCAUUCCCAGCUUGUGUGAUCAUCUCUGUAUGACUAUGGAACUUCUCCGAGGCUGAUUCCAAAGAUACCUCUCCGGCAAUAUGAUCAUUUCGAAUGCCCUUCUAUGCGUAGCCCUUCUCCCCGCCACGACUUUCGGCUUAGGGCCCGUAUACUUCGGAUCCCGAGGAUCAUCUCCCUUGAUACCGCCACAGAUCCCUCUAGUUGAGCCUCCUACACUUUCAGGCACCCAUCAAUUUACACUUCGCCAUAUCUUCCGUCGCGGAGCAUAUGAACAACCUGAUCUCCACCAGAGGCUCGACAUCCAACCGCAUACCCGUCUUCGGGCCCUUUCAGAAGAUGGACUCGAGGAGGGGCCGGUUACCUUAGACUCCCCACUAGUGGCUUCAUCACGUGCUAUUACCAUCGAGCGGCUUGCAGAUCGACGUCCAUUGGCAAUUGAAGCGCAUUUAGCGGUGGCUAGGUCGUCAGGCUCAGCUGUCGUUUUUUCGCCAUCGGCAUGGGUCAUGGAUACGCUGGCUGGUCCUGAUAUCACGGACAAAGAAAGUGUUCUCACGUUUGCAAAGAUGUCGGCGAAUGAUUAUAUUGCGGAGCCGGGAAGUGAGGACUGGCAGGAUGUUCAUGGUCACUUCAACUAUUCAUCAAGUUUCGGCUGGGCGGGUGACGGGCUGAGAGGCCACAUUUAUGCGGACAAGACAAACGGCACCAUUGUCAUAUCCCUCAAGGGGACCUCGCCAGCUCUCUUUGACGGUGCGGGCACGACCACGAACGACAAAGUGAAUGAUAAUCUGUUCUUUAGCUGCUGCUGCGGGCAGGGUGGCUCGUACCUGUGGCGACAAGUAUGCGAUUGCCAGAAAUCUGCAUACACAGCCAACUUGACCUGUAUAACCGAGUCCAUGUAUGACGAAAAUCGGUACUACCGUGCGGCACUCGACCUCUACUCAAACGUCACCGCGAUCUACCCGGAGGCGAAUGUUUGGCUCACGGGUCAUUCUCUGGGCGGUGCAAUGACCAGUUUAGUUGGUUUGACAUAUGGACUACCUGUAGUCACAUUUGAGGCUGUUCCUGAGGCGCUGCCUGCGGCUCGCCUAGGCCUUCCCAGUCCGCCGGGACAUGAUCCUAGACAUCCUCAGUCUAGGCGGUUUACCGGAGCCUAUCACUUCGGGCAUACUGCAGAUCCAGUUUUCAUGGGUACUUGUAAUGGUGUUAGUUCUGUAUGCACCUGGGGCGGCUAUGCCAUGGAAUCAGCAUGUCAUACUGGCCAAAUGUGUGUCUAUGAUACCGUUGAAGAUAAAGGCUGGCGUGUCGCAAUUGGCACACAUCGUAUAAAAGCCGUGAUCUCCGAUGUUCUUGAGGUGUACGACAAGGUUCCAGAAUGUGCCGCCGAAGAAGAGUGCUACGACUGCGUGUUGUGGAAGUUCUUCCGCAGUAAUGGCUCCGAAAUCACCACUACAAGCUCAACAACGUCCACAACAAGUUCUACUACGAUUAGCACCUCAACCUGUAAGACGCCUGGAUGGUGGGGCUGCCUUGACGAGAGCACAACUACCACCACUACAACAACACCAACCUCCACAUCAACAUCAACAUGCAAGACACCGGGUUGGUUCGGUUGCAAUGACCCGACUACGACGGAUGCGAGUGCUAUACCAUCGCCCACAACCACCGCGCCUACCAUAACCUCGCCAACUUGCAAAACUCCUGGCUGGUUUGGCUGUAAUGAUCCAACAACUUCGACAGUCUCCCAGACAGCUCCCCCCGCACUGACUUCCACCUGUCUAACACCUGGAUAUAUCUGGGGCUGCCGGGACCCCAUAACGACCAGCAGUCAUCCCAUCACCGCACCACCUUGAUCAGGGCAGCACACAUGCAUAUAGCACUUCCAUAUUUGUGUUGAACAUAUACACCGGAGAAAGUUAAGACUGCACUCAAAACGCGAGCUAACAUUUAGAAAUUCUGGCAUCCCGUAACAUAUAUACACGACUAUCUACGAUCUUUGCUCUCUUGCGCUCUUCAAUAUAGUGAGUUUCGGGUGUUUUUCGG